CAACAAGUGCUCAUCCUUUGGAAACGCAGCACUCACAAAAAAAAAUGGCGUCUCUAUUCUCUUCAACCCUCUUCUCACUCUUCUUGCUCUCAUCGCUGUUCCUCUCAAACGCAAACGCUGAACCCGAACGCGGUUUCACCGUCGACCUCAUCCACCGCGAUUCCCCCAGAUCGCCGUUUUACAAUCCGGCGGAGGUGCCGUCGCAGCGUCUGAGAAACGCGUUACGCAGGUCAAUGAACCGUGCGGUCCGUUUCACCAAUUCAUUUGGUCCGUCACCAAACACCCCCCAGGCUGAUAUAACGUCUAGCAAAGGCGAGUAUCUUAUGAACGUCUCGAUCGGGUCCCCGCCUUUUCCGAUAAUGGCGAUCGCCGACACGGGGAGCGACCUGAUCUGGAUGCAGUGCAAGCCCUGUGAAGACUGCUACUCGCAAAAAGCUCCUAUCUUUGAUCCAAAAAGUUCAUCCACAUACAAAAAGGUUUCUUGUACCGCAAGGCAAUGCCAAGCCGUAGACCAGACCAGUUGCAGCAGCGGUCGUGGCGGUUUGAACAACGGCACUUGCCAGUACUCUAUCGUGUACGGUGACCAGUCUCACUCCAACGGAGAUGUCGCAGUCGACACCCUCACGCUCGGAUCCACGGACGGACGCCCGGUGGCUCUGCCUAACACCGUCAUCGGCUGCGGCCACGACAAUGCGGGAACGUUCGACGAUAAGGGUUCAGGUCUCAUCGGACUCGGAGGAGGAUCCGUUUCGCUGAUAACCCAGCUCGGCAACUCGAUCGGAGGAAAAUUCUCGUACUGUUUGGUUCCUUUGUCUUCGAAAUCCGACCUGACCAGCAAGAUGAACUUUGGUUCCAAAGCCAUAGUGUCGGGCACUGGAACUGUCUCUACCCCGCUCGUCAAGAAAGAUCCUGACACAUUCUACUAUAUGACACUCGAAGCCAUUACCGUGGGAGGCAAGAGACUCGAUUUCCCGGGAAGCAAAGAAGAAGGAAACAUGAUCAUCGACUCGGGCACGACACUAACGUUGUUGCCACCCGAUUUCCAUUCGAAACUCGAGACAGCUGUCGCGGCCGUGGUCAAGGGAAAGCGAGUGUCCGAUCCAGGAAACUUUUUGACUCUGUGUUACCAAAUGAGUUCCGAUCUCAAAGUUCCGACAAUCACAAUCAACUUCAAAGGAGCGGAUGUGAAGCUCGACCCCUCGAAUUACUUCAUCCAAGUCGCGGACGACGUAGUCUGCUUUGCCUUUGGCGAAACCGACGACUUUGCCAUCUACGGAAACUUGUCUCAGAUGAAUUUCCUCAUCGGAUACGAUACCGUUUCAAAGAAGAUGUCGUUCAAGCCAGCUGACUGCACUAAGAUGUAGUAAAAGAAAAGAAGGAAUCGUUUUGAUGUUUCCGGUCUCAAUCGUUAUAUCUCUCUCGAAAAUAAAUGUCCUUGUUGGCCA